AUAAGAACUCAUAGGUAGCUAUAGAAGCAAAACUAGAAAAAGAAGCUACCACUUAGUAGAUAGGAAACACAGAAUGAGUCAUCCACCAGAUGCUUUAAAUGUGGAAGCAAACUCCAUAAAAGAUGAUCAAAUCAUGGAAGAAGGUCCAGCUUCAGCUCAUACUAUUGGCACUGAAAUAUUCAACAUUGAAUCUGGGUCUUCAAAUCACGACCAAACACUCAAGAAUGUUCCUGCUUCAGCUCAUGCUAUUGGCAAUGAUUCAUGGGUGCAGGUUAGUUUAUUGCUUGUAACCAGCUUCAAUUGUGGAUGGAUAUUGAGCUUCUCAAAUCUAAUGAUGGUACCAAUGAGUUGGGCAUGGGGUAUUUCUAGCUUAAUUUUUGUUGGGUUCUUCAGUUUCUACUCAAGUUGGUUACUUGGAGAUUUUCACUUCAUCCAAGGUCAGAGAUUCAUCAGAUACAGAGACCUCAUGAACUUUGUAUUCGGGAAGAAAAUGUAUUAUGUCACAAUGAUCUUCCAAUUUCUAACCUUUAUAUUGGUAAAUAUGGGCUUCAUCCUACUCGGAGGCAAAGCGUUGAAGGAGAUAAAUCUGUUAUUCAGUGAUACAGCCAUGAGACUCCAGUAUUACAUCAUUAUCACCGGAGCAGCAUACUUCGUAUUUUCAAUUGUCGUCCCAAACAUGUCCGCCAUGAGAAUGUGGAUAGGAUUGUCGACAUUUCUUACAUUCGGUUAUAUUGGAGUCGUUCUUGUGACAACAAUAAACGAUGGAAAAUCUAACAAAUCUAAAGACUAUGCCAUUAAGGGAAGCACGGAGGAUAAGGUGUUCAACGCGUUGGGCGCUCUAUCGGCCAUGAUGGUAUCGAACAAUUCAGGCAUGAUACCGGAAAUACAGUCCACCCUCCGAAAACCAGUUGUCAAGAAUUUACGAAGAGCAUUGUGCGCACAGUAUACUUUCGGUCUCAUGGUAUAUUAUGGUGUAAGUAUAACAGGAUAUUGGGCUUAUGGUUCGGAAGUGCCAGACUAUCUACCUAAAGCAAUCAGCGGGCCAAAAUGGGCUAGAGUCCUGAUCAACUCGGCAGUGUUUCUUCAAAAUAUCAUCUCACAACAUAUGUUUUUACAGCCAGUUCACGAGGCUCUAGAUUCCAAGUUCCUGAAAGUUGAGGAAGGUACAUAUUCACGCGAGAAUUUAAAAAGGCGAUUCCUCCUAAGAGCGAUCCUGUUUACUGGAAAUACAUUGGUGACAGCAGCCAUACCUUUCAUGGGAGAUUUCAUGAACUUCUUGGGGUCAUUCACACUUGUUACCUUGACAUUUAUUUUUCCAAGCGUCAUUUUCAUCAAGGUUAAAGGAAAGACAGCAAAGAUUGGGCAGAAGACAUGGCAUUGGACUAUAGUUCUUGUUUUUUCAUUACUUGCAGUGGCAACUACAAUCAGUGCAGUUAGAUUGAUAAUUAAGGAUAUCAGUACGUACCGUUUAUUUGCGAAUCAAUGAUACAUAAAAGUUCUAUGUUUGAUUUUCAUUACUCCUAUCGUAUAUGUAUUUGUGACGGGUUCCUAACAUUGGUAACGGUUGAACUCUCAUUUUAGACCAAUCAUUGUACUUUCAAGUAAAAUAGCUGAGUCGGAUAGUUCAACACAUAACAGCGUCAAACACAAGUACCCAUGUCCGAGUAACAUUUUACAUUUAGAUCUAUAUGAUCUACUCAAGAUCUUAGUGUAAUGCCCCUCCCCUGUAUAUGCAUUAUUCAGAAAUGUUUCUGCAUUAUGCUAAAAUUGACAUAAGCUACACUGUACUUUUGAGAUUGAUAUACUGUACUUUUGAGAUUGCUACACUACUCUUAAAAAAUAGGUAAACUAAAAUGCCUAAUUAUAUAGAGUAGUAUUUAUAAUUUUAUAUAUAUACUAAAAUAUGUUCUAUUUUAGUAUUGACCAUGGUUAAUUUCACAUAUAUUUAGCCUUAUUUUAUCCUCUUC